CUUCUCGCCUACAUCUACGUCCUCUUUCUGCUUGCUAUAGCCGGCCUGUGUCUUCAGACCUGGGUGACCCACGACGCGUUCGUUAUCCACGGCGCUUUCCGCGGGGGACCUCUUGCAUAUUUGGCCCAACAAACGCGCCACCCCGCUCAUGUGGCAAUGACCACAAUAUACAUAAUCUUGAACUGGUUCGCAGACGGAAUGCUGCUGUACCGGGCAUACGUACUUUGGCGGUACUCUAAAUACGUGGUGACAGGGUGUAUUCUGACGCUUGUAGCUCUAAUUGGCGUAGGCGGCUUCUUCAUCCACACUGUUGCGAAGGCCGGUCUCGAUCUCUGGACGGGCGGCGAAUUCACGCCUUGCAUAGCCUACCUCUCGCUUUCGUUCUCAAUCAACCUUGUGCUCACAGUAGGCAUCGUCGGGCGAUUGAUGUACAUCCGUCAUGAACUUGGAAGCACCCUUGGGUCGGAAGCAGCGCAGGUGUACACCUCCAUUGCGGCAAUGCUCGUCGAGAGCGCAGCGCCGUAUACAUUGGUAUCUUUACUUGCUAUCAUCUCGUGCGCGCGACGCAUCCCGAUGCAAGAUGCGCUCCUGCCGAUGCUAGGCCAGCUUCAGGCCAUCUCACCGAUCAUGGUCGUCUACCGUGUGGCGUCGGGUCGUGCCGUGGCUCGCGAAUCU